AUGGCUGUGGAAGACGGUGCAGUCCUUGGCAAACUCUUGGGCUUGCUCAAUGCCUCUUCGAAUGGAACCACGCCGGCGGAGUUGAUUCCGGAGGUGCUCCAGCUCUAUGAGACACUGAGAAAAUCACGGACGACCGUGAAUGUUCAAGGCGCAAGAUCGAACCAGAAGUGGUAUCAAAUACCGGACGGGCCCGAGCAGGAAGCGCGAGAUGCCGAGAUGGCAGGUGCCAAGUUGGCCGACGGGCUGUCACCCACGGGCUGGAGGUGGAUUGACCCGGAAUAUCAGAAAGAGCUCCUCGGUCAUGACGUUGUGGCUGAGGCUGUCAAGGCGUUUGAAGAGUGGGAGGCGGCUAGAGCAUGA